GAACUGUCAUAGAAUCAUAUGUAUGUCAAUAAUUGGGGUAAAUUGCAACGUUAACAUUUGUGCUUAUUUUCGUAAAAAUAUUUAUAUACAAUAAUGACGACGCUUUUUUAUGCCGAACCUGAACUGGUAAUUGCUUUGAAUAAAAAAGUGAUUUUCGUAAAUCCAAACGAUUUACAAAUUUUUAAAGAAAUAGAAAUACCCAAAGAUUUGACUGAAGUCGGUCUGAAAGCCCCAAAAGGUAUUGCUGAUACUGACGGCGAGGGUGGCAGUGAACAAUCUAAAGAGACGAAAAAAUUAAAAGAAGUGAAACCAGAAUUGCCUAGCAUUCUUCAUGUCGAAGUCUCUCCGGAUCAUUGCUUAUGUGCUAUAACUACUGCAGGUCAAAAGGCUGUCUUGCUCUACCAAUGCCGUCCUGAACACGCUAAAUUAGUGUCAGUGAGACCACUGGCACGUGCUUCAAGUGCUCUAACAUUUAGCAAAGACUCUAAAAUGCUUUUGGUGACAGAUAAGUCAGGAGAUUGUUAUAAAUAUGAUUGUAUAAAUUUCGAAGAGGAACCGCAACUCUUACUCGGCCACCUCAGCAUAGUCUACGAUGUAUUAUGGACGCCAGAUUCUAAAUAUAUUAUCACUUGUGAUAGAGAUGACAAAAUCCGUAUAACUAAUUAUCCUGAAACAUAUGAUAUACACGGCUAUUGUCUUGGGCAUAAAGAAUUUGUUUCUGGAGUAGCAUUUUUGAGUGACGAUACCAUUGUUUCCAUAUCCGGAGAUAAAACUUUACGUAUUUGGAACUUCGUCAGUGGCCAAGAAAAGUCCAAGAUUGAUCUGCCAGCACCUGCUUUAAGACUUUGCUUGCGCCCGAAUAUUGAAAAUAAAUUUGAAGCCGCUGUAUUGUUAUAUCAACCGGAUGAAAGUGUUGGUAUUUACGAAAUUAGUAAAAGCGGCGAGGAUCAAUGGCUUAUAAAGGAGCUCACAAAACUUAAUUAUCCGGAUGUGAUUAUAAGCAACAUUUGUUUCGUAAAUGAAAGGCUUUAUGCAACUGGUAUUGUUGAUGAACGUUUUAGCUUGAAAAUAUCGAACAUUGCGGAUAGUCAGCCAAUAAUAUCAACUGACUGGAUUGAUAUGAUAGAGGAGCGGUUCAGGUCAGAAGUGUGGAAGCCUGAAGAUGUGUCGGCCUGGUUUAAGAAGCGAUAUGACAAUGUGAGUGAUUAUCUAGAACGCAAGAAACGUCGGAUUGAGGAAAAGCAAAAAUAGUUUUUGAAUUAACCAAAUUUUUUCUAAGAAAUUAUUUUUUAAAUAAAAUAUAUUUUUUAAAUCGAGAAA